AUGGCGGCGUGGCUGGGCAGGGUGUCUUUGGGUGACGCUUGGUACAACAUGUACUCUCGCCUGCUGCGAACCAAACCUGUGGGCUCCAUGGCUCACAGCUCCAACGACCUCACAGAGCUCGGGGAGGGGGCGGCAGUCGGGCUCGCCAAGGUUCUGACCACCAUGGACCUGGUGUCGCUCGGGGUUGGCAGCUGCGUUGGCACAGGGAUGUACGUAGUCGCUGGGCUGGUUGCCAAGGCGAUGGCUGGGCCAGGGGUCAUCCUGUCUUUUAUCAUUGCAGCAGUGGCAUCCAUACUGUCAGGUGUGUGCUAUGCAGAGUUUGGCGUCCGAGUCCCAAAGACAACCGGCUCGGCCUACACCUACAGCUAUGUGACAGUUGGGGAGUUUGUGGCGUUUUUUAUUGGCUGGAAUCUGAUCCUGGAGUAUCUGAUUGGCACGGCAGCGGGGGCGUCGGCUCUCAGCAGCAUGUUCGACUCUCUAGCCAAUCACAGCAUCAGCAAUUACAUGAUAACACACCUGGGCACGCUGAAAGGACUCGGUAAAGGUGAGGACACAUAUCCUGACCUGCUGGCCCUCUUCAUUGCCCUGCUGGUCACAGUGAUCAUUGCUCUCGGUGUGCGUAACUCUGUGGGCUUCAACAACAUCCUCAACGUGGUCAACCUUGUGGUCUGGGUCUUCAUGAUCAUCGCUGGACUCUUCUUCCUCUCCGCCAGCAACUGGGAGAACGGCAUGUUCCUGCCCUAUGGCUGGUCAGGGGUGAUGCAAGGUGCAGCAACUUGCUUCUACGCCUUCAUCGGCUUCGACAUCAUUGCGACGACAGGAGAGGAGGCAAAAAACCCAAACACCUCCAUCCCGUAUGCCAUCACCGCCUCACUGGUCACCUGCCUCACUGCAUAUGUGUCGGUGAGUGUGAUCCUGACCCUCAUGGUUCCCUACAACCUGAUCGAUGGCUCAGCUCCACUCAUGGAGAUGUUUGCGGUGCAUGGUUUCCUGUGGGGGAAAUACAUUGUGGCUGUUGGCUCCAUAGCCGGACUCACCGUCUCUCUGUUGGGCUCUUUGUUCCCCAUGCCUAGAGUCAUCUACGCCAUGUCCCGUGAUGGCCUGCUGUUCAGGUUCUUGUCUCAUGUGUCUGCACUCACACACACUCCCACGGUGGCAUGUUUGGUGUCAGGGAGCUUCGCGGCCCUCCUUGCUCUGCUGGUUAGCCUGCGGGACCUGAUCGAGAUGAUGUCCAUCGGCACCCUGCUGGCGUACACUCUGGUCAGCGUGUGUGUGCUCUUACUGCGCUACCAGCCUGACGAACAGACUGACACACACCAGUAUGACUCCGGAGAGGAUGUAGUUGGCCUGAAGCUUCAGGAUGACGGAGCUGUCCCCACCAAAGACGACCAGAUGCUGAUCGGAGACUCAGAUGGUGACAGAUCAGCGUCCUACCACGCAAGCGGGACUGAAGGACAGGGGGACGACUCUGACUUCCACACAGGCCAUGCCUCUCUACUGAAAAGGCUUUUGGGAGGUCAUUACUACACCCUGCGAAUGCGGCUCGGAAUGCCUGAAGCGUCGGCCCAGCCCACUCCUGCCACUGGCCGCAUAGUGACCAGAUGCACCCUCCUCUUCUUCCUCACGUCCUUCCUCCUCUGGUCCACCAUUAUAUUUGGGGUUGAACAGGGAACUGGUGCCAGGGCAGUGUUUUCAGGCCUCAUGGCCACACUGAUGACCGGGUCCUUGGUGAAGCUUUUAAUUAUGAUUAUACAGCAGCCAGAGAGUGGGAGGAAGCUGCCCUACAUGGCGCCCUGUGUGCCAUUUGUCCCUGCAGCUGCCAUAUUGGUCAACAGCUACCUUAUGCUUAAACUGUCUCCACUCACCUGGGCCAGGUUCACCAUUUGGUGCCUCAUAGGUUUGUUGAUCUAUGGUUGUUAUGGAGUGUGGCACAGCACACUGGAGCUCAAUGCCCGAGAACAGCAGGCACACGCCAGCUCCUACCAGCGCUACGAUGACCAUCUUGACGACGACACCUUCUCCCCUGAUGACAACUUUUACCCCCAGGAACAGGACGACAGACCUUACCAGGGCUGGUCUGCUCCAGAAGAGAGGGGAUACCACAACCAGCUGCAGCAGGAGAAUCAGUAUGAAGAUGGUGAGCAGUAUCAGAGCCAGUAUGAGGAUAAUGGUGACCAGUAUGGAUACCAGUCUGGACCAGGAGGCCAGCCUGCAAGCAGAGGCAGAGGAAGGACCAAUCAUGGCUUUGAUGCAGGUGAAGAGGAGGACUGAACAAAGGAUGCUUCUGAAUUUAUGACAGGAUGAACUGAACUUUCAAAGUGCCGUCUACAUGAGACACUAAAUCAAAUAACCUCCAAGAAAAAGUUACA